AAAGUUAUGUUGAGCUGUUGGGCACCCUGCAGAGUGCCCCCAAAAGUGAGUUCUUGGUGGGUUGCGGUGCCCACAUAGCAAACUUGCCACGGGUACGAUUUACUGGUACUGUCACAGGAACCUAUUCUAAAAUUUAGCCGGAUGUUAGGCCAAUAGUCAAGGCUCAAACGUAAGGCCUUGUUUGGCAUGUUGCGGUUUGUAAUGUAGAGUGCGUUUGGCUGCACAUUGUUUGUGAGGUGGACUUUUCCUACCUUAUGAGCAGCGGUUUGACAUAUGAUACCAUACCUUACAAACCACGGCUUGCCAAAUGCCCCCUGAAUACUCAUUUUUCAAUAUAUAAUAACAUUGUCAUAUCUCUGAUGGCACCCUCCCGUGGCUUUUAUUUCUUAACAUUAGUCAACCCUUGGCCCCGUGCCCUAACCUCACAGUCAACAGGGCAGCCGCCUUUGUCCUAUUGGAGAAAUCAACGAUAUUAUAUGCCAGCUACUGUAAGUUAAACCCAGCUGUUGAACUCCAAAUCUCCACCUUCAGAAAAAUCCUCGUCUCCUUCUUUCUUUCUCUCCUCCACCAACACCAUAUCACAACACAAACAGAACCGAGCAACACCGCUGGUGGAACCAGAAUAAAAUCCAAUGGCACCGGUCCUCCGCACCCGCAAGUCACUUCCUCCAGUGACGCCUACUCCGGUGCAGCGAAAGCCCAAGCCGAAAUCCAAGCGGAAGCCCAAGCCGAAAUCCAAGCGCCAACCCUCUGCGCGGAAGCAUCAUGUCGGGAAAGGGGAUGUUGGAUUGCGCAACAGGUCAGCGGAUGUGCCUCUCGUACGUAGUCAAAGUGUUCAUGAAUCUUCUCCACUUCUCACCCAGCCUCUUCUUGUUUCUUUGAUGCCGGAUGCCCUGGCGACAGAAUCUGGUACUAGUGGUAGGUCUGGGUUUCCCAUACUGUUAUCCCUGAGCGCUAACGCACACUGCCACCCCCAAAGCGGGCCCACCUUUCAUCUUUCAUUAUAAUGGCCUUAGAGUCAUUGGUGGAACUUGUACUCUAUACCUGACCCUCUUGAUCAUUCGUGUGCAACCGCUAACCAACAAAACUCAGUCGAACAACGCGCCGCGGUUAUCACGUCAGCACUCGAGAGUAACAACAGCCGCGACCCCAAAAGUAAUCCCGCUAUUGGGGAGGGUAGCACCAGUUAUGGCGGUGCAUCCCUCGCCGGAUGUAAAAGGCCCGAAGAAGACGUGGUUCUGCCUGAAUAGAAAUAUGAGUGACCCCCCUCUUGCCAACUGAUGACCGUCACUGUCUGUGCGAUGGGGGCGCAGGGGGGGGUGAAUGUUUUCAGUGACCAUGACAUCUUCUCACUUUUUUGUUUUUUUCGUAUCAUGUUUCGCGUACGGUUUGUAGACGUUAGAGCUGGUGUAGCGGCGAUACAAUUGUCCUUGGUUUGGUCAUUGAUUUGAUUAGUGGUUUGUUUUCGGGGGUGAGUGGGGCCUACCGGGGGUGCAAUUCAAUGUGCGAGUGUAGGGUGUCUUAUCAAUUGAUAAAGUCCUCAGGCCGGGGAGUAGGAGAAACUGGACAUUAUAAAUACUAGCACACAUUUUUCUAAUAGAAUCAACUUGGGAGACGGACAUCUGCUCAAAAAAAAUAAACUCCACCAAGAGUCGCUCCAUCUUUUGUAACAAGGAACAGAGUAUAUAUAGCAUUGUAGCGGCUCUUGUGGCGGGAAACCGUGGGUGGAAGGCAGGGAAGGGGGGUUCGGUUGGUGACGUAGGAGUUUAUCGAGAAGAAGAGAUAUCUAUCGCAUAUUUGCGUACGUGGGACCUAUCCAGCAGUCAGAGUAUAAUUCUGCACAGAGAGAUCAAGUGAUAGAGGCGGAGUAACGCCCCCACCCCAGAGUGUGUUCUCGUAAACCCAUCACGGUAAGCUGGCCCAAUACCC